GACUUUUAAGUACGUAGUGGGCGUUCCUCCGCAAGCGGAAGCGUUCCGUUCACAUCCAGAGCUCGACUCAGCAGACCUCUGAGCUGAUGAGCGCUGCUCUCCGGUUCUAACAGUCCAGCUCUGGAGACUGAUAUAUGAUUGUGAGUCCGUUCAGGAUGCCUGGAUCACUCCCUGCUGUUUGUGAGGCCGCGUGGCCCAAGGAUGUGGGGAUCAUCGCCAUGGAGGUGUACUUCCCCUCCCAGUACGUGGAGCAAGCGGAGCUGGAAGAGUUCGAUGGAGUCGGAGCCGGUAAAUACACGGUGGGGCUGGGCCAGGCGCGCAUGGGCUUCUGCUCGGACCGCGAGGACAUCGGCUCUCUGUGCCUGACGGUGGUGCAGCGGCUGAUGGAGCGCAGCGGCCUGUCCUACGAGAGCGUGGGCCGGCUGGAGGUGGGCACGGAGACCAUCAUCGACAAGUCCAAGUCCACCAAGACUGUCCUGAUGCAGCUGUUCGAGGAGUCGGGCAACACUGACGUGGAGGGAGUGGACACCACUAACGCCUGCUACGGAGGAACCGCCGCGCUCUUCAACGCCCUCAACUGGGUGGAGUCCAGCUCCUGGGACGGCCGGUAUGCUCUGGUGGUUGCGGGUGACAUCGCUGUUUAUGCCACGGGCAGCGCCAGGCCGACAGGAGGAGCCGGAGCCGUGGCCAUCCUCGUGGGACCCAACGCCCCUCUGGUCUUCGAGAGAGGGCUUCGUGGGACACAUAUGCAACAUGCGUAUGAUUUCUAUAAGCCAGAUAUGGUGUCUGAGUAUCCAGUGGUGGACGGCAAGCUUUCCAUCCAGUGUUACCUCAGCGCUUUAGAUCGCUGCUACUCCUUCAAAAUGAAUAAGUUUGUUUUGUCUUGUGUUUCAGAGGGCCUUGAAAAGCAUUGCAGUCUUGAAGACUUCGGCUUCAUGGUGUUCCACUCUCCUUACUGUAAACUGGUGCAGAAGUCUCUGGCUCGACUAAUGCUCAACGAUUUCCUCUGUCAUCCCAGUCCAGACACACAGAGCGGGCCCUUCAGCGGACUCGAAGCUUUCAGAGAUGUGAAGAUUGAGGACACGUAUUUCGACAGAGAUGUGGAGAAGGCCUUUAUGAAGGCCAGCUCAGAAGCGUUUGAGAGUAAGACAAAGGCGUCUCUCCUUAUCUCAAACCAGAAUGGUAACAUGUACACACCAUCAGUGUACGGCUGCUUGGCUUCAGUUCUCGCUCAACAUGCACCGCAGCAGCUGGCAGGACAGAGAAUCGGUGUGUUUUCAUACGGCUCAGGCUUUCCCUACACCAUCAAAUCCACAAAAGACACAAAACAUGCUACACCAGGAUCUGCUCUGGAUAAGCUGGUCUCCAGCCUGUGUGACUUGCAGGCCAGACUGGACUCCAGAAAGAAGGUUUCGCCCGAUGUUCAUUCAAAUAACAUAAAUCUCAGACAAUAAAACCACCAUCAAAAUACAUCAAGCCUCACAAACUACAUCCCUCAAGGCUCGGUAGAGGAACUCUUCCCAGGAACAUGGUACCUGACUCGUGUGGACGAGAAGCAUCGCAGGCAGUACGCCAGGCGCUCGAUGAGCGAUGACCGACCGCUGGAGGCCGGACUCAUCACUUCCUGCAUUGCAGCUGAGCAUAUUCCCAGCCCGCUUAAGAAGAUGCCCCGCAUCCCAACUACCACCGCUGGCCCUGAGGGGCUCGUCAUUAGUAACGGGGACCAUUAACUUUACCUCUAUGAGGUGCACACAACGGCAGAUCACACGAUCUGGAAAAACAACACGCUAAAAAGGGCCCCAGGACUUCUGCAGCCAGAUCACUUAUCAGUGAGUGAUAUGAAACUCAAAGCUUUUUAAUGUUCCAGGACAGACUCCGCUCGACCAUCACUGUGUGGAAGAUGGCAGACGGUAGUUUGGAAAUCAAGUGGUGAGCUCCCACCACUGUCUAUGCAGAUAUCCCCAACAGUUUAAUCCUUUUAAGUUCAAAUAUCUACCUGUUGACAUUUCACAAGCUCCAUUUGGUCUUUUUUUAAGCAUUAAACCAACCCUGUCAUGUUUUAAGACGGAAAAGAACAUCAAAACGUGAAUGUCUUGAAGAAGAGCGUCCCUGGUUGUUUUUAAUUGAUCUGAACGCUGUAUCGCUCGGUUCUCGUCAGCUGACGGCCGUCAGAACUCCUGUUUUUGCUAAAUUGUUCUCUUAUAAAACUCCUUUCUAGUCAGUCUUAUCACCAUGGAUCACAUGAGCCAUUAACUUGAACUAUAUAGCCGCUGCUAAACGGGCUUCUGUUAGCAUCCAUGUCCUUCGAAAUGAGAAUCAUUUAUGUGACAUUCGUUCUAGCCAAAGUAGAUGUGUUCAUUGAUAUGAACUCAGAUGAGGAAAUAAAGUCAUGAUUAUUGUAUAGAGGACAGAAAUGUGAUGGUAACUUAGUGGCAAUGUGUUAAAAGCUAUGAAAUAAUAUCAUGAAGUGAUAUAAUAUAAUAUCAUGUCAGCUGUGUAAUUUACUCGCCCUCAUUUUGCUCCAAAUCUGUACACUCUCAGAAAAAAAGGUACCUAAUCUGUCAAUGGGGCAGGAUCUUUUCAAAAGAUACACCUUGGCACAUAAAGGGUCCAUAUUGGUACUAUAAAGGUACAUAUAAGUACAUAUUAAUACCUAAAAGAUACAAAAGUGAUAGCUCGGUCACUUUUUUUAUGUGAGUGAAGGACUGACUGAUUU